GCUGAGAAGAGCGGGUUAACAAAAACAGCCUUGUUGCAACAGCCUUCACUCUGCUGCAAAACCUCCCUCGCUCCCUUUUCUGAAUUCUUUCUGCCCAUGUCCCAGCAGAAUUACCAGCAAACACCACAGCAACCACCUCUUAAAUCUGUUUCCUUGCCUCAGCGUUAUCCCCAGAUCGUCCAUAACCCCUACCAGAACAUUUCGUCCGUUGCAGGUUCAACAGACACACUGCAAAGUACUUUACCAUCUGCUUCUCCAAGACCUUCCCAACAUCAGCCAUAUCCAAACCCCCCAGCAGCACAAUACCCACCCAUGUCCGCUCAAGACCACUCCCACCUGGAAUCACGGAAUGGUCGCCAUUCCAAUAAGGGCAAAGAAAUCUAUACCUACCACGCCCCAUGGCCUGUGUACGCCAUGGACUGGAGUAAGGCUCCUACCGAAAAAGGUGGAUUUCGUUUAGCUCUUGGUAGUUUCAUAGAGGAACAUGAGAAUAAGCUACAAAUUGUUACUAGAUCGGAUCUUGUUGAUGAUAUGUACGCCAAUCAACAUUCAGAUUUCGCGGUGCUCGCCGAGACUGACUCGUACUAUCCUAUUACAAAGGUUUUGUGGGAGCCAUACAAGGGCAAGCACAGAACGGAUCUUUUAGCUACUACAGGAGAUAUCUUGCGUCUCUGGGAGCUAGUUGAUAGCCCUUCUUAUGGAAGCAAUACAAUUGGAGGUAGAGGAUCUGGAGAAGCUCCUAAUGGGUGCCCGCAGAAAUUGGUUAAAAAAUCAGAGCUUAUGAAUGUCAAGCAAACCGACUUUUCUGCGCCUUUGACCUCGUUCGAUUGGAACGUAACCGAUCCAUCUUUGGUCGUCACCUCUAGCAUCGAUACUACUUGCACUGUUUGGAAUGUCGAAACGAACCAAGCAAAAACCCAACUGAUUGCUCACGACAAGGAUGUGUACGAUGUCGCCUUUAUGCAUGGUACCGCCGACAUUUUUGCUAGUGUUGGAGCUGACGGCAGCGUUCGCAUGUUUGACUUAAGAUCAUUGGAGCAUUCCACUAUCUUGUAUGAGACCCCCCAGCCAACGAAUAACGUAGUCGGUGGCCCGGCUGGCGGUGGCCCGGCUCCUCUUUUACGACUAGAGUUCAAUCGUAUGGAGCACCACUUAUUGGCCACUUUCCAUAUGGAUUCCAUGUCGGUGCAGAUUCUUGAUAUCCGAUUCCCUAGUACACCAGUCACCGAACUCGUCAAGAGUCAUAACGCCAGCGUCAAUUGCAUCAGUUGGGCUCCUCACGAUUCUGGCCAAAUUUGUACCGGAGGCGAUGAUAGUCAAGUUCUUGUCUGGGACUUGAACCUCGCAGCCAACAAUUCUUCUCCCACCACAAGCACCACCAACCGAUCUAGUCACCAUCGCCAAAGCUACCAUAAUGGCCAUCCUCAAAUGCAGCGACACAUUUCCGACCCCAUUCUUGCCUAUUCCGCCGAAUCCGAGAUCAACUCUUUAUGCUGGAAUCAGAGUCUCACUGAGUGGAUUGGUGUAGGAUUUGGUAAGACUGUGCAAGCCCUCCGUGUGUAGAGAAACGACACUGCUCGCAACGAAUCGAUAACCACAGACAGAGAAAAGAAAAAAAUUCGUUCCUGCACUACAACUAGGUCUUCAUACAUAUAUCAUUCACACCUCUUUCUCUUUGUGUUUUAACUCCUCUCAUAUAGCUUUUUCACCCCAUGAUUUGUCUUUCUUGCCAUUCAUUUUCUGUUUUAAUUUUAGCAUUUGGGUGUUGUAUUUGCUCGCAGUAUGAAGCACAAUGAUCAGUAAAGUCAGGUCUACCAUAGCUCUCUGGGAUGCCUUGGAGUUUU